AUGGCCCAACCUCCCACCAUGCAUUCAGGCAUGGGUCACCGCACCUCUGAGACCUCGCUCAACUCUUACGAGCAAAGCUCCUCAAACCACGGCUACAACCGUGCAUAUGGUCCAUCGGCCGGAGCGGGCAUCGGUGGCGCCGCCGCCGGUACUGCUAGCUCUCGUGGUGGCUAUGCUCAGGGAACGACAUCGUCAUACAGCUCGACGCCCCGCUAUGCGUCCCCGGCCAACGUUUCGCCGCAGCAGACCGGCUCGCCGCGCUUCUCCCCUGCCGAGACGAUGCCUCUGCGUGAGGGUGUCCGUGGAGGAUCCGGUCCUUUACAGGGUAUCGACGAGAGCGACCUUGACGACCAGCUCCACACCUUCACUGCCGCCGAUCGCAAGGAUCUUUCGACUCCCUUCGACAUCACAUCUUGGCGAGGAUGGGCCAACGGCCUGACCCUCUUCGUCCUCAUGGCCGGCUUCAUCGUUCUCUUUGCUGGAUACCCGAUUAUUGAUUGGGCGUACAACAACGAGAACUCUUCUGGUGGUAACACGCCAGGCUUCAACCUUGGCGGUGUCAAUGCUUCUGGACAGACGCCGCAGAUGCCUGCGGACUUCCCGAGCAUGAUCGACCCGGACACGCCUGAAGAUGUCAAGAAGCGCACGGGCUUUGACGGCGAGGAGUGGACCCUUGUGUUCUCUGACGAGUUCAACAAGGAGGGCCGCACCUUCUACCCCGGAGACGACCCCUUCUUCACCGCUGUCGACAUCCACUACUGGCCCACGAACGACUUCGAGUGGUACGACCCCGGACAGGUUACGACCAAGGACGGACAUCUGGUCCUUACGAUCGAGCAGAUCCCGACGAACAACCUUAUGUUCCGCUCGGGUAUGAUCCAGUCCUGGAACCAGCUCUGCUUCAGCCACAACGGUUACUACGAGGCCCGUGUUUCGCUCCCCGGUCACAACGACAUUGGUGGUUUCUGGCCCGGUGUCUGGACGAUGGGCAACCUCGGACGUCCCGGCUACGGUGGCACGACUGAGGGACUCUGGCCCUACUCCUACGACUCUUGCGACGUUGGAAUUCUCGCCAACCAGACCUAUGUUAACGGCACGGGUCCGGAGGCGACUCUGACGACCGGUCAGGUUGACGACAGGCAGGGCUACAAGGGCACACUCUCUUACCUCCCCGGUCAGAAGCUGUCCAAGUGCAACUGCGACUGGGACGACCACCCCGGACCCAAGGGCGUUGGCCGUGGUUCCGUCGAAAUCGACAUGAUUGAGGCUCAGAUCGACCUUGACGUUGGACACGGUGAGGUGUCGCAGUCUGCGCAGUUCGCUCCCUUCGACGACCACUACCAGUUCUACAACAAGUCUGGCUACAAGAUCUUCAACGAGGACGUCACCAGGCCCAACACGUACCUCGGAGGUGUGUUCCAGCAGUGUGUUUCUUGUCUGUCGUACACGCACGACUCGAUCUACCACGACAACCAGGUCGAGAACCGCCCGACGGCUGACGGCUCGUCUGAGCCGUUCGGUGUCUUCGGUUUCGAGUACGUUGCCGACUACGAGAACCGCAAGGACGGCUACGUCACCUGGGUCAACAUGGGCAAGCAGUCGUGGUGGAUGAACUACGACACUGUCCAGCCCAACAAGAAGGUCGGUGUCGGACAGCGUCUCAUCGCUGAGGAGCCCAUGGCCCUCAUCUUCAACCUGGGUAUGUCGAACAACUUCCAGAACGUCGACUUCCGGAACAUGAACUUCCCGAACUACAUGCGUAUCGACUACAUCCGUGUGUGGCAGAAGGAGAGCGGCCUCGUCGGAUGCGACCCGGAGGACCGCCCGACGGCGGCCUACAUCGAGAAGUACAAGGACGUUUACAACAACCCCAACUUCACGACGUGGGCCCAGGCCGGCCAGAAGUGGCCGAAGAACGAGCUCACUGGCUGCUAA